AUGAGCACGUCGCUGGUGACACUUCCUAACGUCCUUUCCUCGGACUGCACGUACUAUGCCGGGGACCCGGAGCUGCUGAAGAGUGAGCGGUACGCGGAGCGAAUCUCAAAGCUGCUGCAGUCGGAGAAGGCGGACCUCCUUGCCGCCCGCGUCGCCAUUCACGCUCAGCUGCGCGACGCCUUCAGGGACGACAAUGUGCAGAAGAUGCUGCGGCCGUACCUUCGCCCGGACGAGAACUUUCAGACGUUGCUUGAUGACGCCAAGAGUCGCGCCAAGUUUUUUUCGCGGAAGCAGCAGGAGUUGCAGGCGGACGUUAUGUCCAGUGCAGAGCAGGUGGCGCUGCGGGAAGCUCAUCGCGAGUUGGCCGCGUGGGAGCGGGAGAACGCGGUGCUCUUGCGGCAUCAGAUGUUUAUGUCCUACACGCCCGCCACAACGCUGCUUCUGGAGAGCGCCGCCACGAUUGCCCUCUACCGCCAGUAUUCCGCCCUUGAGGAGGGGGAUUACACAAGCGAGAGCAGCAACGGGGAGGUGCCUGCGCAACUGGUGAAGAUGGGGGCCCGGCCACUCUUCACCGUCCAGGAGCCCAGUAAGGAGUUUGCGGUAGACGAGCAUACCAAGAUGUUCUCCCAGCAUGUCCUGCAGAACAAGCGGGUGGAAUACGAGGAGAAGCGAGCGUUGGUGUUGCAGCACCGGAAGCAGUUGGAGGAGUGCCCAUCGCUGCAGCGGCUGCAGAAGUUUAUCAACACACGCAACGAUAUUUUUCGCAAUUACGGUAUCGACCGGCUUGUCUCGCUCCGUGUGCGCCGGGACAAGGCGCUGGCUGAGCCGUACGAGGGCGGCGAGGAUGCGACGGUGGCGGGUUUAUUGCCCACGAACGAGAUCAUGCGCAGCCGCCGUGUGGCGCAGUACUCGCUGGCCAAGAUUGUGGAGCAGUGUCACAAGAACUACGUCAGCAUCCUCACCACGGAGGACUGGGAUGCCCUGCGGUCGAGCACAAGCUUCGACAACCGUGAGACGCUGCAGCGGCUGAGACCGUUGAAGGACCUGGAUACCUUCCGGUACUGGUUCCUGUCCAGCAUCACGGCGGAUGCUCCGCAGAUUGGGCCAAACAAGCUCGUAGGGAAGAACCCCACCCCCGUCGAGGAGUACAAGAAAUUCUGGCAGCCGCAAAAGCCAAACUACGUGCCCUCGCUGAACACGGCGCACAGGCAACAGUUCAAGGCUCUGGCAGCCCGCCGCGGGUUUCCCCACCUCGUCGUUCUCUCCCCUGUCACCUACUCCUACAUGCAAAAUAAUGAUCCCAACUCCAUUGUGAAGGGGGAAUUGGACCUGAUGGUCUACGAUCAAACCAACGAGAAGGUCUUGAUGAUGAUUGUUAAUUCCCAUGACGAGCGCCGCCCACGCGGGGCCUUUCUGCGCGGGCAGGAGGAACGCUACCGAUUUGCCGCUAUCAUUCGCGCCGCGAUUACAAACGAGAACCUGUUGUACGACUUUCAGUGUCAGGGGACGGUGGCGGAGUAUUUCUUUGACGCGGAGGCGGGAUCGGAGGAGAACUACUACUGUAUUAUGGCCCCCAUCAGGAUCUCACAGAAAGUGGGCGCCGUCGUCAAGGUGCCAGUGAUGGCCCUGCGCCCAUUUACCACAUGUCCACCGCGGUACUUUCUUCUUGGUUCGAACUGGGGCGUUAGCUCCAGCAAUGACAGGAACCCCUACGCCAUCUCCUACAUGCACGCUGAACUAAAUGAAGACGCCAUUGUCUUGCAGCAGAGUAUUGCAGAGGGAUUCGUGCAGAAAAAUGUAAUGCCACAACUUCUCACGCGCAAGGAGGGACUUGAGAUCAUGAAACAAGAAAAGGAGCAACGGGCACGCGAGCAACGCGAGUCCGUCUCUGCACGCUCAGGGGUCGUCUCAACUUCCGCACGUGGAACCCGCUCGUUGGGGCAAACCCCGCGUCACACCACCACCUACGCCAACGACGCCGCAUCCACGCUGGCGGAGGAAGAUGAGGAAGACGGGGGCAUUCUCCCCGAGGAGGAGGAUCCACUCGCUCCCGAACUCCCGGGAGACGCACUGCGGCCUGUGCGGGAAGCCUUACUCAACAGGCGCUUCUUGCUGCAGCCCGGGUAUAUCCAGCGACGCGCGAAGGAUCAGGUGAUCAAGCAGCUUCCGGCGGUGAAGGACGGUCAACUGCGGACCCCGCUUAUGGUGUUUCAAGAUCUCAUGAAAACAAAGCACGGGGAGGGGGAAACGUACUCUAGUCAACCGCCAAGUGCACGCAGCCGCUUGAACGCUAGUACCACCAACAAUACAAGCACCCAACUAAAGGGCAGUCCUAGACCAACCACGCGAGUCGCCGCCGGUGUCUCUUGGUUUUAA